CACCGGUGCCUUCUGCCACUUGUAGUCUUGGUAUCGCGAAAUACACCGCGUAAAAUUUGACAAUUCGACGCUCAUUCGGGUGGAAAGUUUUCGCGAGCGAGUUUUUAACAAGUAUUCUUGUGAUGUAGCUGCAGUAAUAUGCGUAUCGCGGACCGAAUUCUUAUCUUAACUCUAACUAUCAUCUUAUCGGCUGAUGGGAGUCUGGAUACGAAUUUUACAGACAUUAACCCCAACUCUAAUACUGCUGCAGUCGAUCUACUCGCCCAUCUAACUAAUCCUAAGCUCUACGACAGAUAUACUUCACCUUCGCACGGCUUGUUCAAGCAUCAGCCAGAUAUAAUUAAUUUACGAUUGCACGUCUACUACAUCAAACAUCAACCCGCGAAGCAACUGCAAUUCCAAGCACAAUUACUAAUCCAACUCAGAUGGAAAGACGAACGUCUAUCCUACUCCGAUAAAGACCUCAAUAUCGAAAAAAUCUCCGGCGAAAAAGACUUCUUACAUCAUAUUUGGUCACCUUAUAUCUAUCUGGCCAACGAAAGAGCAGCUCUCAUACGUGGAAAGCAAAAUAAAGACGUUACUGUGAAUAUUCUGCCAGACGGGACCGUAUUAUACGAUUCUAGGUUAAUAACAAGCGUUGUUUGCGGGGUUAAACUUGGAAGAUUUCCAUUGGAUCAACAAAAAUGUUAUUUCAAUAUUGACACGUGGAAAUUCACCUCCAGCGACUUACUCUUAAAAUGGGAAAACGAUACUGCAGUUUCAAUAUCGAAAGAGACCCCAUUUUUAGCCGAAUACCAACUUGUCAGCGCUGUUCAUCUCACAGAUUACAAAUACACUGAACCAGACUCCAUACAUGACCAUGUUUUCAACUGCAGUUCCUUGAGAGUUAUGUUCGUGGUGUCCAGAAAAUAUGGAUUCUACCUCAUGAACUAUUAUUUGCCCAGCGCACUCAUAGUUGCCAUUUCAUGGGUUACAUUUUGGGAAUCACCGGAUGCGACACCAGGGCGCUGUAUUUUAGGAGCUACCACCAUGCUAACAUUCAUUCUACUGGGAGUUGAGACGAGUAAAUCAUUGCCUUCCAAGACGUAUAUACGUUCAAAUGAUGUCUGGUUCAUCGGCUGUACUGCUUUCAUAUUCUGCGCACUGGCUGAGUUUGCAUUUGCAAACACAAUAUGGAGAUAUGGGGGACAAGCUGAGUUGAAGAAACGGACCAGUAAAUAUAUCUUGAAAUCAUCAAUAGCUCCACCAAAAGAAGCCCUGAAGCCAAGACGAAGAUCACUGUCAUGUCCAAGUUCACCCACCACUCGCUGGGAAAACCCCUUGAAGAGGGUUGUCAACAAUGAACUCACAGUAAAAAGUCUGUCAGAUUUGGAAAUCUCGCUGCCUCUAUCCGAAUUAAAAACGAUGCGAAAAGAAAUGCUGGAAAUAUCGGAGAAACCAGCACCACCACCGACCACAAUGAGCUGGCAAGAUAUUGCUGUAUGGAUGGAUAAAAAAAGUCGAUUUGUCUUUCCUUUAAGUUUCCUGGUGUUCAAUAUCAUCUACUGGGGGUUUCUGUGUAUUGCGUGACCUCGCAAGCUUUCGAGCAGAAUUUUUUUGGUUACCAAAAUAUUCGAGUGUACCUAGUUCUUUUUUUUUACUAUAGAUAUACCUACCUAGUGUACAAUAGUAUGCAAAUUACCUAAACACUUUCCUCUUCUAUUACCAACCCACCAAAUGUUUUUUUUUGGAAUAUUAUUUAGCAGCCAAAUUUUUGUUGAUUAUAAACAUAUGUAAAAUACCUAUCUAAUAAAUGAUAUAUUUUAUAAUCGA